AUGUUGCAGACAACCCCCGAGCACCACUGCAACAACGACGAUAAUGCCAGCAGCCACGGUGGCAAGUGGUCCCGCCAAGAGCACGAACGGUUCCUUGUCGGCAUCCAAACGUAUCCCCACGGUCCGUGGAAGAAGGUCGCGGCCAUCGUCCAGACCCGCACGACGCGCCAGACGCAAACGCACGCGCAGAAAUUUCGACAAAAGCUCGACCGCCAGGACCGCGCCGUGCGAACCAACCAAGCGUUCGAGAACCGAGACGUGUACCUUCCGUUCCCGUUCUCGCCCGAGGCACCACCGCCGAACCUUGAAGAGCCCUCGUGGCGGACACCGACGCCACUCCCGCCACUCGCCGAGGCCCUUGACACGCUCAUUGCGCUUCUCGACACGGAGGUCCCGUCGGUGUAG